UGGGCAGCUUUGGGGUUCCUGCAGCAGCCACUACUUUGCCCAAACACUCCCACUCCCCACCAUGUUGGUCAGUACUCCCCAUCUGCUAACACUGGAUGAAGCAGAUGCCACUUGGGCCCUCAUCAAGGAUAAGGUCAUCGAGGAGCGUUUUGGGUCCAAUGUAGUGGCAGUACCUUUCCUGUCGGACGCAGCCUACUAUGAUCUACUGGGCGUGCUAGUCAAACAGUCCCGUCCAGCCCACACCCGCCUGGCUUUGCCAGGUCGGCAGGGCCGAAGGGCACUGAAAUCAGUAGGGCUGCUACCAAAUCUUCUAGAACAGGCAGGGUCUGAGGGUGUCUUUGCCCACUGCACUCGGGAAUACUCACCAAAUGGCCGAGCUGAGAUAGCUUAUGAAGAAAUGCGAAUGUUGGAUGGGCAGCCCUGCAGGAUUCGCCUACAUAUGGGAGGCUUGCGCAAGAAAGUUGCUUUCCUGCUGCUACCACCAGGGCAGGUGAGCCUACAGCAGAAUCUUUCCUGGCUCCGAAGCACCCACAGCAUCUAUGUCAUCUACCAGGUCUUCACCUGCACCUGGCUGCAGCUAGGGCUUUUGCCUACAUCCCGUGAACCCCAGAUGCUCCGGUUACAGCGGUCACUACCUAUUGCUUUCUCCUGCCUCAAGUUUUCACUGCAGCCCAAGGGUGUGCUGGGACCACAGAAAUCUCUGACCAAAGACCCAUUGCCCCAAGGAGCCAACUGGGUUAGACCUAGCCUUAGCAUCAUAUCAACUCUGGCCCCCACAUCAGUACCUGCUGAUACCCCUGAAGUUGCUGACGUACCUCCACCUGUCCCAGCCCCACCUACACCACCUCCCCAAGAAGGGCCAGAAGGCAGACCCACCAGAUUCUCCUAUAAAGGUCGAAACCCCUUCCGGAGGGGCCCCUAUAUGCUUUCAGGGUCUGUCCUCGGAGUUCGACAGCGACGAAUGAAGCUGAGUCAAGAGAUGCAGGGGGCAAGGCCCCUAAGAUCUGGCAUAGGGAUACUGGUUCCCAAUAAACAUCAGCUGCUGCACCCCCAAACCACUCUGGGCCUGUGUGCUUCUUCCUUCCAGGGUCCAGAAAGAUGAAGAGUCUCCAUUUUCCCCUAAGCAUCAAGUCCGCUCACCUUCUAACAAUAAAAGGGCAUUCUUGAAACCCUAUCAUCACCAAAGAGAAAAA